UUUCCGGGUCGAAAUAUUAGCACACCCAUGAAUGUGAGCUAGCGGGCCCUAAUUCUUCAUUAGAAAGAAGCUGAAAGAAAAUAUAGUCGGACAUUUAAACGCGUCCAGGACAGAACAUUCCAGUAUAUCGUUCUGUAACCCCAUGACACAGCGAUGCCGGGGCUCAGCUGUAGAUUUUACCAGCACCGGUUCCCAGAGGUGGAGGAUGUUGUGAUGGUGAACGUGAGGUCCAUCGCUGAAAUGGGCGCCUAUGUCAGCCUCUUGGAGUACAACAACAUUGAGGGCAUGAUCCUCUUGAGCGAGUUGUCGCGUCGGCGUAUUCGCUCCAUCAACAAGCUCAUCCGCAUAGGCCGCAACGAGUGUGUGGUCGUCAUCCGAGUAGACAAAGAGAAGGGAUACAUCGAUUUAUCAAAAAGAAGAGUUUCCCCAGAGGAAGCCAUCAAGUGUGAGGAUAAAUUCACCAAAUCUAAAACUGUGUACAGCAUCCUGCGACACGUGGCAGAGGUGCUGGAUUACAGUAAGGACGAGCAGCUAGAGAGCUUGUACCAGCGCACUGCCUGGGUCUUUGAUGAAAAAUACAAGCGGCCAGGAUACGGCGCUUAUGAUGUCUUCAAACAGGCUGUAUCAGAUCCUUCCAUCCUGGAUGGCCUGGAUUUAACAGAGGAGGAGAGGAGUGUGUUGAUUGAUAACAUCAAUAGGCGACUCACUCCACAGGCUGUCAAAAUCAGAGCAGACAUCGAAGUGGCGUGCUACGGGUAUGAAGGCAUUGAUGCCGUGAAAGAAGCUCUGAGGGCUGGACUCGGCUGCUCCACAGAGGCUAUGCCCAUUAAGAUCAACCUGAUCGCUCCCCCUCGCUAUGUGAUGACAACAACCACUCUGGAGCGCACAGAGGGGCUGUCUGUCCUAAACCAGGCCAUGGCUGCUAUCAAGGAAAAGAUCGAGGAGAAGAGAGGCGUCUUUAACAUCCAAAUGGAGCCCAAGGUGGUGACGGAUACGGAUGAGACUGAGCUGGCUCGGCAGCUGGAGAGGUUAGAGAGAGAGAAUGCUGAGGUGGACGGAGAUGAUGAUGCUGAGGAGAUGGAGGCCAAAGCAGAAGACUAGUCAGUCCUCAGUGGAAAGCUGGUGGGAGAAAAAUCAAAAAAAGAAACAUCGGAGGGGAAAAUGCGGACAGUCCAACUUUCACAUUACAAACAUUUACUGGCAUUUUACUAAUUGAUUGGCGAAUGUCCCGGGUUGUUGAUUAGCAAGUUUUGUCUCAGAAGGAAGCAUUAAAGUGUCUUCUUCCCCAGACAUGGACACAAGGAUGGUUCAAUUCCAAGUUAAGCAUCAGUAUAGUUUCUAUUUUAGUACACUGAUUUGAACAAAAAAAAAAACAGCUGAUUCAAGCAGUGGCCUUCACCUCUUGCUUAAGAGCGCAGUGUCUUCAGUAUCUGUGGCGCAUCCUCUUUGGCUGAUCACUGGAUGUGACUGAGAGGGAACUGCAUGGGCUCGUCUUAUCUCUACAAGCAGUCAGUGGUGACUUUGUGCCGAUUAUCUUCCAGUUACAGAGUGUUGUAAGACCAAGACCUGCUUUUGUUUAGCUCACAUGGCAUCAAUAAAGUUCUGGAAGUUUUGA